AUGAUCCAGACUGAUCGCCUCUACUCUGCGGACGACCUGUACAUGCUUAGGCAGGGUGAGGAUGAGCCCCUUCGGGAGUAUGCAGCCAGGUUCAGCCACGAGUACUCCCGCUGCCCAGAGACUGAUGAUCGUGCCGCCUUCGGUGCUUUCAAGAGUGGCCUCCGAGAGUCUAACUUUCGGUACCUUGUGCACAGCAACCCUUGGAACACGUAUGCUGAAUUAAUGAAGCAGGCAGCGGUACACGCCAAGGCUGAGUAUUUCAACACCAAGCGUGGCCCGGCCACCCAAGCACAUCAUCCUUUCGCUGAUCCCCAACCUGCUUCAGCACCCACCUUAGCCCCGCCUCAACAUUCUACUCCCGCCCCAAGUACCCAGGGUACCCAGCACCCCAAACGGAAGGAUAACUACCAGCACACCUUCAACAAUAACAAACGGGGCAGACAUAACCACCACCACCAGUCCAGCGGGGUCAACCCGCACGGGGCAGGCAAUCGAGCUCCACUUCCCUUCUCACCCAAGCCCAGGUUCGAGGUUUUCACCACCCUGAACACCACCUACGAAAAUGUCCUGGUGCACGAGGCACCUAUAAUACCCAAGCCUCCCCCCCGGAGACCAGGCAGCAAGCCCAUGCCCAACACGGGUGUCUUUUGUCGCUUUCAUCAGUUCGGUGGACACGACACCGAAUCUUGUGUUGCCUUGCGCAACAUCAUCGAAGGACUUAUUCACGAUGGGAAACUGGAUAAGUAUGUGAACAAUCUCCCACCCCCACCUAACCCUCACCAACGUCAGAUCAACAUGAUCUCAACUAUCAGUGGUGGUCCCACCCUGGCUGGAACCUCCAACAACUCCAUCAAACAUUAUGUCCGCUCCACCUAUGCGCAUCAGGUCUUCAGCGCUGAGCAGGGACGCUUGCCGAAGACCCACAAAUCAGGCUGGGCUCCCAUUACCUUCUGUGAGGAGGAAGAGCGCGGUGUUAUCCUCCCCCACGAUGACCCAAUCAUUAUCCGCGCCGACAUUUCUAACUUUGAUGUGGGGUGUAUCCUGGUGGACACUGGCAGUUCGGUCAGUGUGAUGUUUGCUGAGGCCUUCAACGAGCUCCAGGUCCCAUCUCACCUACUCGACCGAAGCAUCACACCCCUAGUGAGCUUCUCUGGUGAGGUGGUCCAACCCAUUGGAAGCAUUCAUCUCCCCAUCUCUAUUGGAUCGGCACCCCAGCGGAGGACAAUCACCACUCCCUUCCUCAUUAUCGACUGCCCCACAGCCUACAAUGUCAUCCUCGGCCGCCCCGCCAUGGCCCAAAUGAAGGUCUUCAUCUUCACCCAUAUGCUGCUGCUCAAGUUUCCUACACCUCAUGGCACAGGCACGGUGCGCGGAGACCAACUUGGCGCCCGAAGCUGCUACGCUUUGGCAGAAGGUCCACCAACCGCCAACAUCGGGGCGAGGCCCUCGCAGUAA